AUCGCCCUCGAGCUCUCGAAGCAAUCGAAUGUCUCGCUUAGUUUUCACGUUCGUAUCUCAUGUAGGGUUAUGUUCUGUUUUUGUGCAUGGCCUGUUAAGACAGUUGGAAUAUAAAUAAGUUAAUAAUAUAAUGAUACGUACAUUUCCAUCUUGUUUGAAACAUUGAACGGAGGAUCAUGUGUGGGCAAUAUUUGUAGCGUCAAGUAAAACCAAAUGUAAAAUAAUGUGAAAAACAGUAAGUGAAAUGAAGAUCCUGAAUGGGUCGUUUUGUGGGAGUACUUUUAAUUAAUAUAAACAGGUCACCAGUUUCUGCCAUAGCACUAGGCCUUCGGCAUGAUCCGCAUCAACUUGAAGGUUGUACUGUUGCUGUGUGCUGCAGUAGUUGUCGUAACACUGUCAUUAUGGACACGCUGUGGCGAUGUUAUGUUGGCGAGUAGGAAUCGCAAGAAUGGUGGUCAGGGUGCAGAAUGGGACACCGGUAACAAGAAGAUGCCCAGUGGGCAGGAUGCAUAUGGUGGAGAUGGCAUAGAACAUGGGGGCAGCAGUGAUUUGCAAGGAUAUGAAGAAAUUGAUUGCAAUAUCAAUGGAGAAUACAGCAUAGGUUGUCGCAAGGAAGGAGGAGAAAUAUAUAUGCCAUUCUCUUUUUUACAUAAGUAUUUCGAGGUGUAUGGGAAGUUAGCCACUUAUGAUGGCUAUGAAAGGUUUGAAUGGUCUCACAGCUAUUCCAAAGUGUAUUAUCCAAAAGGAAAAUAUGACCCCCGUGGCAUAUUUAUGUACUUUGAAAACUACAAUGUCGAAGUGCGAGACCGUGUGAAGUGUGUCAGUGCAACAGAAGGUGUACCAGUAUCCACACAGUGGGAGAGUCAAGGUUAUUACUACCCAACGCAAAUAGCACAGUUUGGCUUGUCUCACUACAGCAAGAAUCUCACAGAGCCUGAACCUCGUCGUACCUUACUUGAGGAUGCUGAGAGGGAUUUGUUAGCACACUGGGUGGUACCAAAUGGUGCAACGCUUAGUAGAGUAUUGGAUUCACAUACUGGUAGCCAUGUAGUGGAGUUCUCUAGCCCUGACUCAGUAACAAGUGGCAUUUCACUUAAGCUGGAUCAUGUUCUCGACUUCAUGCUGAGUCUCACCUUCAAACUCGCUGUCAAUAGUAGUUUCACAGUUGUUCUCCAGUCUCGUGAGAAGCGGGAUCAGAUUUUCCAGUUACACUACACGUGUUCUGAUCUACUCAUCUCAGCACAAGAUCAGCACGUUUAUCAUGGCAUUGGACGCUGUGGACAAACCCAGCCAUGGCGAAGACUUACUCGUGAUCUUAUUGUUGACUUGCACAAGGGAUUAGCAUAUCAGAAUAAACUCAAGAGGAAACUGUCCAGAUCCAAGCUCAAGGUAACUGGCCUUACAUUCCAUGGAUCAGGCCACCUGGAUAAUCUGACCCUGUCGACUAGUGAGCACUUGUCACAAUUUUAUGAUGCCGCACAAUGGCUGGUUCAUCACCAAGAUUCUUCCACUGGUGGUUGGCCUAAUCCUGUGCGGCGACGAGUGGCCCCGGGCAUGGCUGAUCUAGAACCGGGCUGGUACUCAGCAAUGGGUCAGGGUCACGCUUUAUCUGUUCUGGCACGUGCAUAUCAUCAUUCAGGUGGUGAUAACUCAUACCUCCAUUCAGCUUUGGCCGGCCUGCGACCAUUUGAUGUGGCAAGCUCAGCUGGUGGAGUCCUUGCCAGCUUCUUGGGACGCAUUCCCUGGUAUGAAGAAUAUCCUACGGAGCCUGCUUCAUUUGUCCUCAAUGGCUUUAUCUAUGCUUUGCUUGGGCUGUAUGACCUGAGUACAGUUGCCCCUGCUGCCUCGCAUAAGGCUGCUCAACUAUUCAGACAAGGAAUGGUCUCUCUGAAGCAACUGUUACUUUUGUAUGAUACUGGUUCUGGCACUACAUAUGAUCUCAGGCACUUCAUGCUUGGUACAGCUCCAAAUUUGGCCCGAUGGGAUUACCAUGCCACUCAUGUAAAUCAGUUACUUCUGUUGGCAACCAUUGACCAUGAUCCUCUUCUCACAGCAACUGCAGAGCGAUGGAUUGGCUACAUGAGUGGAAAAAGGGCAGCACAUAACUGAACAGCUGAAGGUCAUGGGACCACUUAUAUUUCUAUUCAUCACUGACAUAGGUCUCAGAGAUGUACACAUAUGUACCAGAUUCCACUGCAUAUGUAUACGUUAUGGGUAUUGUAUUUUAUACGAAUUUAGUCAAGUUGGAAAGAAACUAGGUUCUGUUGGUUUGGUCCCACAAGCAUCACAAACACCUUUGGAUCAAAUCACUAUAGAUAACAUUUGGAAUUGUAAAAAUAAGAUAUUUCCAUCUUGGACAAACUGAUAAUAAGUAUGACUACUCUGCAGGGUUUUAAGUGUGAUGAAACAGCUUUCUGAUCUAUUGCCACUGAGCAUACAGAAAAAUGGCUUUAAUGCAUAUGGCAUGUUUUGAACCACUGGUGAGUCACUGUCCUGUGUACAGUUAUGGAGUGACCACCUGUUGAGUUUCCCAGACCUACAGACAGUAUGACCCACUAGUUAGUCUCCAAUAUGUGUGUAGUUGCAGAGUGAACGAGAGGCCUAUAGGCAGUGUGAUCAACUGCUGAGCACUCUGUGCUUUGUUCAGUUAACAAAGCAACUAGUAAGUGGGUUAACCCUACUUAAGUGGGGUAUAUUUAUAUAGAGAAUCAGGAAAGCUCAUAUGGUCAUUUGGGCUAAGCAUUUGAGGGUUCCACAAGAUUUUGUAAUUGUCUGUACGACUUAAGCGACCUUAAGUUUGAGUUCAGUGUCCAUUAUAUUAAUUAAUCAUGGAAUCACGUUUAUAU